AUGACAGGAGCAGAGGACAACGUGGCGUUGGAAAACAUAACUUCAGAAAAAGAUAUUGGCGUAACGGUGGAUAAAGAUCUAAAUUUCUCUAUGCAUAUGCAACAAGCUGUAAACAAAGCCAACAGUAUUGUUGGUCUUAUUAGAAGGUCCUUUGUAUACUUAGAUGAAGUGUCUUUUAAACAACUGUUCAAGGCAUUAGUCCGCCCACACUUAGAAUAUGCCGCAAGCGUCUGGAACCCAUACAAAAUAAGGGAUAUCGAAUCAAUAGAGCGCGUGCAGAGACGGGCAACUAAGCUUAUACCGGGGCUGAAAGAACUAUCCUACAGCGACCGUCUCAAGAAACUUGGACUCCCGACAUUGGCAUACCGUAGAUUGAGGGGAGAUAUGAUAAACGUUUUCAAAAUUAUGGAUAAAUUUCACGAUGAAAAAGUCACCAAAAGCAUGUUUGAUUGA